GGCGCCUACAGUCCAUUCAAAGCCUACGCUCAGAGCAAACUGGCGAACAUACUGUUCACUCGGGAAUUGGCCAAACGGUUGGGCACUAAGAGCAAUGUCCGCACCUAUAGCCUACAUCCCGGGCCCGUGUAUACGGAGCUGCAGAGACACUCCGGGUUGGGGUCUAUGGGACACAAAAUGGCGAAGAAGUUCUUUCUGACGCCAGAAAUGGGCGCUCAGACCACCCUUUACUGUGCACUAGAGGACAGUCUGGAUAAGGAAACGGGAUGUUAUUAUGCGAAUUGUCUCAGAGUUGAUAACAUGAUAUCUUCGGCAACCGAUGAUAAAAGUGGUGAAAGACUGUGGGAUUUGAGUUGUGAUUUGGUUGAUCUCGAGGAUCACCUCAGACUACCCGCUAUUAAGACCACGGCCUGGCAGGACAACAACAACAACAAUAAUAAUAACUAA